AUGGCAUCCGAACAGUCCUACGGCACGCUCGACGGAGCCAAGAGUCCACUGAUAUCUUUCAGGUCUGGUUCUCAGUCGCCACCAGAGUCCUCGGACAGAUCGCUCGAUCCCGAAGAACUCGAGGAACAGGUCCUUGAGGUGAUCAGAAGCAAGACAUUCGUGGUAGACUGGUGCGACGAGGACGAUAAAGGGGAUCCAAAAAAUCUGCCUUUGGUACGAAAAUGGCUCAUCACAGUGUCCUUGGCCCUUUAUGCUCUCGUCACCACCUUUGCCUCGUCGUCCUUUGGAGCUGCUACACCUGUCAUUGCCAAAGAAUUUGAUUUGCCUCCGAAGACGGUUGUGUUUGGUUGCACUUCACUCUUCAUGGUUGGAUUCGCGCUGGGACCAGCACUUUGGGGGCCGCUAAGUGAAUGCUUCGGCAGACGCAUGCCGAUACUUAUAGCCUUCUUCAACUUCACGCUCCUCCACAUACCAGUCAUUGAUGCGAAAAGCCCCACGACGAUCUUCUUUCUUCGCUUCUUGCAGGGUUUCUUUGGUGCGGCUCCAUCUUCCAUACUCUCCGGUACUUUAGCCGACAUAUGGACGCCUAAACAACGAGGCUUUGCCAUGCCUGCCGUGGGGUCUUUCCUAACUAUUGGGCCACUCCUUGGCCCUCUUAUUGCGUCAGUCCUCGUCAACAGCCCGUUGGGUUGGAGAUGGAUCGAGACAGUCACAGUCAUUGCCUCAGUGGUCGUGAUCAUUGGCACCUUCCCUUUGCUAUCGGAGACAUACUCACCUCUGCUUCUCUCUCAGAGAGCCAAACGCCUUCGACACCUCACACAGAACUGGGCACUGAGGGCAACUUGGGAUGAGAACGAAAGCACGCUAAGCGACUUCGCCGAAAGAUAUCUUCUACGACCGAUUCGCAUGCUUGUCCUCGAGCCGAUACUUGCUCUCAUCACAUUGUACAUUUCCGUUUGCUUUGGCCUACUGUACAACUUUUUCCUUGCCUACCCAACAUCUUUCAUGCAAGAACGAGGCUGGGAUCAGACGUCGGCAAGCUUGCCCCUUAUUGCUCUCCUUCUUGGGAUUAUUCUUGCUGGAGUGGUCAUAUCCGCGACGAACAACACCUGGCUGUCCCCAAAUAUUGCUGAGGGUCGGCCCCAGGAGACCCGACUUUUGCUGAUGAUGACUGGAGCUGUAGCUCUUCCUAUUGGGAUGUUCUGGUUUGCAUGGACAAGCUCAGCCUCAAUUAACCCUUGGCCGCAGAUUAUUGCUGGUGUACCGACGGGCUACGGAAUUCACAUCGUUAACAUGCAAGGAAUGAACUACAUUGUCGACUGUUACGGGAUAUACGCGAAUUCUGCAAUCGCUGCCAACACUUUCCUCCGCUCGCUCUUUGCGGCUGGCUUUCCAAUCUUAGCCACUUCCAUGUACGCCUCCAUCGGAGUCAAAUGGGGUACUAGCAUUCUUGGGCUGUUAGCCGUUGUGCUGGCACCCGUUCCAGUGUUGUUCUACGUUUAUGGCGAGAAGAUAAGAGCACGGAGUCGAUGGGUGCCACCGACAUAG